GUUCAGCCCUCUCCAGAUGGCUCUUAUCUGGGCACAGGGAGUAAGAUCAACAGGCAGACAGGACACCCCACUGGGACGCCAGGUCUUCAUGCUCCCCAGCGGGAACUUGUCACCUUCUACAGACACAGAAAUAACAAACUUCUGAUAUGUAUUAAAGACACCUUCACCUUAGCUGUGCAGGAACUCCUCAGGAGCAGAGUCCUCCCCUGCCACAUCCAUCUGGGGAAGGAGAUGAUCAGUCAUUCACAGAGCUGCAUUCUGUCUCCCAGGCCACUGCAUGAGAAAACCAGCAGCUGACAUGUAUAGAGAUCACUCUGUGUCGGACAGUUCCAUGCUUGGUGUGUAGGUAGAAUCCUCACACCUAGGGGCUUCUUGACUGUACAUAUGCUCCAGAGUUGCUGACUGGAGCUCAUCUUCUGAGUGCUUAUGGUCACACUUCGAAGAAAUGGCAGAGAGUCAUUAGGAUUCAACUCAGAGUCCAAACUGGUAAUUAUUUGUUCUGGAGAUUUAUUAAGAACAUUUGGCUGGGAAGCGGUGGUGCAUGCUUUGAAUCCCAGCACUCAGGAGGCAAAGGCAGGUGGAUCUCCGAGUACUAGGACAUCUUUGUUUACAGAGUGAGUUCCAGGACAGCGAGGACUAUAUAGAGAAACCCUGACUUGAAAAACUGAGAGAGAGAGAGAGAGAGAGAGAGAGAGAGAGAGAGAGAGAGAGAAUAAGAGGAAGAGAAGGAGGCAGAGGUAAGGGGGACAAAGGGGAGAGAAAAGAAGAGAAAGAGACAAAGAAAAUGAAUGAAUAAUGAAUGAAUGAAAAAGAAGGUGAAUGAAUACUUGGCCAGCAGGGAAGAGGGCACUGAGAUAAACGAUCCUGUGCACGUGUGUCUGACAAUCAAGUGAGAUGCAGCUAUUACCCCUUAAUAAACCAAACAUGUGGACCAGGAGAGGAAAUUUUUUUAUAACUUCUGGAAAUGUUUAAUGUACCAGAAAGUUUGUAUUCUGAGACAGCCCCACUAUGGUUCGAAGAGUUCAGUUUUGCUUGAGAAGCAUCAGGACAGUGGGGACAGUGGGGACUAUGGGGAUGGUCUCAAGGGGGUGUGAGCUGGAGCUGAGUUCCAAUUAGACAAGUUAUAAUUGGGAUGAAUUGACAUCUUGUUGCCAGCUCAGGGUUGGUGGUUAAUGCUUCAUUACCAGUAUUUAUAAUGAAGAGUUUUCUCUUUUCUCCUCAGACUUUUGAUAUUUGCAAAUACACACACAAUGAAUAAGGCCAGCAUACUCCACACUAACACAAAUAUUAAAAUCACCUUGUUCUCUGAAAUGAGUGUUGGGAUCUCAGCCAACAGCAUCCUUUUUCUCUUCCAUCUCUGCAUGCUCAUUGGUGCACACAGGCCUAAGCCUAUUUAUUUCGUCAUUGGUUUCUUGUCCCUGACCCAACUACUGAUGCUGUUAACUAUGGGACUCAUAGCUGCAGACAUGUUUAUGUCUCAGGGGAGGUGGGACCCCACCACAUGCAAAUCCCUUUUCUAUCUACACAGGUUCUUGAGGGGCCUCUCCCUUUGUGCUGCCUGUCUGCUGAAUGUCCUCUGGACCAUCAUCCUCAGCCCUAGAAGCUGCUGUUUAAACAAGUUUAAACAUAAAUCUCCCCAUCACAUCUCGUGUGCCCUUUUUCUUUGCGUUCUCUACAUGUCUUUUAGCAGUUACCUCUUGGUAUCAAAUAGCGCCGUCUCCAAUUCGACCUCAGAUAAUUUUAUGUAUGUUACUCAGUCUUGCUCACUUCUACCCCUGAGUUACUCGAGACAAAGCACAUUUUCCACACUGUUUGUCUUCAGGGAAGCCUUUCUUAUCAGUCUCAUGGCCCUCUCCAGUGGGUACAUGGUGGCUCUCUUGUGCAGGCACAUGAAGCAGGCCUGGCAUCUUCACAGCACCAGCCUUUCUCCAAAAGCAUCUCCAGAGCAAAGGGCCACCUGGACCAUCCUGCUGCUCAUGAGCUUCUUUGUGUUUCUCUGCAUUUUGGAGACUGUUAUCUUGCAAACAAGAAUGAAGUUCAAAGAUGGCUUACUAUUCUACUUUAUUCAUAUUCUUGUGUCCCAUAGCUAUGCCACAGUCAGUCCUCUUGUGUUUAUUUGCACUGAAAAGCAUAUAAUUAAAAUUUUUAGGUCAGUGUGGGACAGGAAAGUAAAUAUGUGAUUAUUCAGGAAUGGGUAUGAUCCCUUAA